GCUGCGCAUGCGCAUUAGCUCGUCUCCUUGGCUGCCCGUCAACCGUUGAGGACUUUUUUGCUGUCUGGAAGAUUUCGGCGUCUUUUCUCAUUCUUCAUUUAUCGUUCUGUUGGAAGGUCAUCGAGAAAUUUUAAAGAUACAAUGGCUUACUGCAACAAGAUUGUCCCAGUUUCACAGAUGGCUCUCCGAUCUGCGCUGCGCAACUUCAUGCCAGCUAGCUGCACAGUUACAUCACAAAAUGGCAUUGUGGCCAGAAACUUCCAGACAUCAGCGGUUCAAAGAGACAUUGACUCAGCUGCCCGUUUCAUUGGAGCGGGUGCUGCAACAGUCGGUGUCGCUGGAUCGGGAGCUGGAAUUGGAACAGUUUUUGGAAGUUUCAUUAUUGGUUAUGCAAGGAAUCCGUCACUGAAACAACAGAUGUUUUCAUACACUAUUCUAGGAUUUGCCUUGUCAGAGGCCAUGGGUCUAUUUUGUCUUAUGAUUGCUUUCCUGAUUUUGUUUGCUCUUUAGGACCGUUCCGAGUUUAAUGUUGAUAUAUGAAUUAAAUGUUAUCCAAAAUUACUUUUACUGUCAUUUCCUAAAGUUCUUCGGUUUUAAUCGUUCCUAUUUAAGACCAAACCUACAUUUUCCUUGGCAUGGAGCGAUCUAUCAGAUGUGAAUGAUUUUGUCUGUUCGCAAAUAUAUCAGUUGAUUGUGGA